AUGUCUCGUCAAGCAAUCAGCGCUCAGCGCCAUGUACUACGGGCUCUCACCCAGUGGCCCAAAGAUACUUUACGACCUCAGAUCCAGUUCCAGGACGUACUGCGUAAGCGAUUUGAAGGUUCCUCUGGUCUAUCCGAGCAAGAUCAGCUGAAACAAGCCAAUGCGCUAUACUCACUUUUGGAUAACCGGUAUAAGAAAAUGUACCCCAUCACAGGCUCCCUAUUACGCCCUAGGAGUAAGCCGACGUAUUUUACAGAUUUGGUAAAGGAGCUUGAGGAAGCACCAACUCGAUCCUAUUUAGAUAGGUUAUGGUUGCGGGUGAAGGGUAUUGUAAGAAUACAAUAA